AUGUGUGCAAUGAACGCUGCCGGUGGAUUCAUCCCACCCAUGUUUAUUUUCCCCCGAAAAAGACUGAAUCCACUUCUUGAAAAAGAUGGGCCAGCAGGAGCCCUAUAUAAAUGCUCUGAUAAUGGCUGGAUAAAUGAGCAGCUUUUUAUUGAAUGGCUCUCGCACUUCAAGCACCACGCUAAACCAUCUGCUGAAGAACCAAUCCUAUUAAUAUUGGACAAUCAUGCCAGCCAUAUAUCGCUGCCUGUUUACGAAUUUUGUAAACUCAACCACAUCCAUAUGCUUUCUCUACCUCCUCAUACCUCGCAUAAAAUGCAACCUCUAGAUGUUUCAUUUUAUGGACCACUGAAAGCGGCAUACAAAAAGGAGUGCGACUUAUACAUGAAAAGUCACCUAGCCGAGAAAAUUACUCCUUACGAAGUAGCAUCCUUACUGCGGAAGGCAUUUAACAACGUCGCGUCCAUCAGUAAAGGUGAGGCAGGAUUUAGAGCUACAGGUAUUUAUCCGAUGAACCCUGAUGUAUUUUGUGAAGAAGAUUUUCUACCAGCCGAAUUGCUCCAGUCAGCAGAACCUACGGCCAUUCAAGACGAUAAUGAAUCAAUGGAAAUUCAUAGACCAGCACCAGGCUUAGAAAGCUCUUUAGUACCUGGCACAUUAAUGCAAGAUAAUUCACCUCUACCAACAAUGACGCCACCAAGUACUUCUAGCUCAGUCAAUUGUCCAGCCCCUGAACCAUCAGUGGAGAUUGUUUCAACAGCACCUGGCCCAAUAUAUUCACCAGUUCCUAGCACAUCACGUCAAGUUGAUUUAACAGUCUCUAGUCUUGAUAUUGUAUCGAAGCUAAUUAAGUUGCCAGAGAAAACCAAUACCCAAAAUACGAGACGAGGUUGCAAGAAGCAGCAUGCAACAAUUUUAACAUCGACACCAAUAAAAGAAAGCCUAAUAGAAAAAGAAAAUAAGAAAAAGAAAACAGUCUGCCCACCCAAAGAUAAAGAUAGGGGAAAGGGAAAAAAUAUAACUAAGAGCAAGGGCAAGGGCCAAGGAAAGAAGACGAAAGUGCCGGAAAAGGGGACCGAAAGAGUAAAGAGAAAGGUUCUUCAGGAAUCAAACGAUACCUCUGUAUCAGACGUGGACACAGAGAAUUUGUGUCAAGAUGAUGAACUAGAUGAUGCUGACGACGCUGCAAAUGUAUGCUUAAUCUGCAACGAAUUUGGCAGAAAUAAUGAGGUUUGGUACAGGUGCACCUCAUGUGGUUUAUGGGCUCACGCAGAUUGUACUGGAUGGGAGUCUGCCAAGGACUAUAUUUGCGAUCUGUGCUAG